AUGCAAAGAGCACUACCUAUCGCCAACAUGAUAGACGGAUACACGCUGAUGCACAAAAUCGUGCGAAAUGAUGCUAUCAAAUCUGAUCCCCCAGAGGUAUACAACUGGCGUGCUUUUGCACUUGCUGCUGCCGCUUGCUUCGGAGGAACCCUAUUUGGCAUGGACACUGGAAUUAUUGGUGGUGUUCUGACAUUACCUGAUUUUAAGAAAGAAUUCGGUCUCGAUAAACUCGACACAGUCGCUCGCGCAAACCUAUCCGCGAACCUCGUCACAGUAGUCCAGGCGGGUGCUUUCGCCGGUGCCCUCAGCGCAUUACCCUUUGCUGAAAAACUUGGUCGAAAAAAGAGCUUGCUUAUCGUCGCGGUGAUCGCGUUUAUUGGUGGAUUGUUGCAAGCUUUUGCAUAUGGCCACCUUGCUUGUUUUUAUAUUGGACGAUUUGUAGAAGGACUGGGAUUAGGGGGUGCCACAAUGCUGGCUCCGACAUAUGUUUCCGAAAAUGCUCCUAGAGGCAUUCGUGGUCUAUUGAUUGGGUUUUAUCAACUAUUCGAAACGAUGGGUGCAAUGAUUGCAUUUUUUAUUGAUUAUGGGUCACUGUUGCAUAUUCCGGGCCAUGCGUCAUGGAUGGUCCCCCUGGCGAUACAGUCGCUCCCUCCCAUACUGAUCUUCGGGAGCAUCCUACUAUGUCCAGAAUCGCCACGCUGGCUUGCGAGUCAAGAUAACUGGGAAGAAACAACAAGAGUGCUCGUCAAAGUUCGUCAUCUUCCAUCCGAUCAUCCAUAUAUCCAGCAAGAGUUACUCGAACUUCGAACACAAUUGGAAGAAGAGCGUCGUUCUGCGGGUGGAAAGGGUUUUUGGGCCUUGCAAAAAGAGUGUUGGCUUAUUCCCGGAAAUCGGAAUCGAGCUUUACUUUCAAUUGGGUUGAUGGUUUGCCAACAGUGGACGGGUACAAACGCAAUAAACUACUACGCCCCAAUGAUAUUUACUGACCUCGGUAUAACCGGAGAAUCCAACAGCCUUCUUGCAACCGGCGUCUACGGCAUCAUAAAGAUGGUAUCAUGCGGUAUCUUCAUCACUUUUCUAGCUGACACCCUCGGUCGUCGUUGGUCCCUUGUCUGGACUGCCUUUGCAAUGUGGACCUUCAUGUUUUACCUAGGGUUUUAUGUUCGUUUCGAUCCUCCCAAAACCGGUGAGCCCAUCUCAUCUGCCGGCUAUGCAGCCUUGGUCAUGGUAUACCUCUUUGCGGCAGCAUUUCAGUUCGGCUGGGGACCUGUCUGCUGGAUUUAUGUCAGUGAGAUUCCUUCUAAUAGGCUACGAGGAUUGAAUGUCUCGCUCGCGGCUGCAAGUCAGUGGCUUUUCAAUCUGGUUGUAGCUCGUGUUACGCCCGUCAUGCUCGUCUCUGUAGGCGGGAAGACUGGAUACGGGACGUAUUUCAUUUAUGGCUCGUUUUGCUUUACCAUGGGUUGUUUGGCAUUCUUCUUACCGGAAACGAAAGGGAUUUCUCUUGAGCGAAUGGACGAAUUGUUUGGUGUCGCCGACUUCUCUGCUAUUGAUAAUUUGGAACUAGGAAAGAAAGAGAAGGCAAUUGAGACCGCUCAUAUUGAGAACUAG